GCUCUGGUACCAUUACCCUGGGCAGGAAGCCUCAGCCCCCUCUAGUCAUUGCUGUGCCCUCAGGGUCAGGGAGGAGGGGGGGAUGUGAGGAACUUUUCUAACUCCUGGACUUCUGUAGGAGACAUGGAAGACGGAAGAGCCAGGUCUGGCACCGUGACCACCACCAGCAGCUCCUACAGUGAGGCUUUCUCCAGCGGCACCACCAGCCUGUCCUAUGACUGGGGCUUCCUCAGGAGCGCGCCUGGAGCUCUGCUGCUGGCAGAAACGGUGUUUGGAUUACUUGUCUGGGCUCUAAUAGCAGGCUCUGAAUAUUUCCAUUUUCCCGCUUUUGGCUGGGUGAUGUUUGUAGCUGUAUUUUACUGGGUCAUCACUGUGUUCCUUUUCAUUAUUUAUAUUACAAGAGCACAUACCAAAAUCUCUAAAGUGCCAUGGACGUUAGUAAGUCUGUGCUUUAAUGGAAGUGCAUCUGUUUUAUACCUCAUUGCUGCUAUAGUGGAUGCAGCUUCCGUCACCAAAGAACCUAAAAUGCAUCACAACUACAAUAGUUGGACAGCAUCUGCGUUCUUUGCAUUCUUGGUCACGAUAUGCUAUGCCACAAGCACCUAUUUCAGUUUUCGGUCGUGGAGGACAAGUAGUUAAUACAAAGCCUUGUCAAAUUCUACAUAUUACAGAAAGCCGAGACCGUGCAAGCUGCACUUUAAAAUCAUUUCAGCUCCGUAAUAUUUUGUGUUUUAGAUUUACAGUGUAGUUAUUAAUAUACAGAGGAUGGAAUUUGAGUGCCUAACGAUUUGUAAUGCCUAUUCCCUAAACCCAGAGUGUCUGUAGGAUGGAUGUGUGUUUUAAGUUCUGUACUUUAUCACCUGAGGUGAAAAAUUACUUAACCCAAAAUAUAUAUAUUGUGCCACAAAAAGCUGUAAUAAAAGAAC